AUGGCAGUUGGAAAGGAUUGGGAGAUUGUACAAGAGAAGGCUUUCACGGCCUGGGUCAACUCAGUGUUGGACAAACGUGGAGAUAAGAUCUCUGAUGUGUCAAAGGAUUUGAGCGAUGGAGUCAAGCUUAUCUUCUUCCUCGAGCUCAUCUCUGGCAAGAAGCUCAACAAGAAGUUUGACUUUGAGCCAAAGACCCGUAUCAACUGCAUUCAAAACCUUGCUCUCGCUCUCCACUUCCUCGAGAAUGAGCUCAAGAUCAAGGCACAAGGUGUUGGUGCUGAAGACUUUGCAGAUCAGAAUAAGAAGAUGAUUCUUGGUUUCCUUUGGACAUUGUACCGAAAGUACCGUAUUGCAGUUAUUAGUGAGGGAGAUAAGAGCUCUGAGGAGGGUCUGUUGUUGUGGUGCAAGAAUACAACCGCCGACUACCAGGGCGUCAAUGUGACCUCGUUCACCAAGACCUUCCGUGACGGUCUCGCCUACCUGGCGCUGGCCCACAAGUUUGACAAGUCGCAGUUCAACUUUAGCGAUUACGAGAAGCAGGACCCGGUGGCCAGACUGAACGCCGCCUUUGAGUUUGCCGAGAAGGGUCUGGGCGUGCCCAAGCUGCUGGAGGCCGAGGAGGUCAUGCGUGGCACCACCGACGAGCGUUCGCUGGUCCUGUACACUUCGCUGUUCUUCCACGCCUACCGCGCCAAGGAGGAGAAGGAGCGCAUCGAGCAGUCCAAGACUGACCUCAACAGCAAGUUGGCUGGUCUGCAGAGCUCUUUGGAGAGCGAGAAGCUGUCGCGUGAGCAGCUGAUCAAGCAGAAGGACGAGCUAAAGAGCCUGUUGGCAUCGCUCGAGGGCGAGGCCGCCGAGCGUGAGAAGCACCUCCGUGAGCUCGAGGCCAAGCUGGACGACAUUCUGAGAAACCUCGACUUUGAGCGCACCUCGCGUCUCGAGCUCGAGUCCCGUCUCAAGGGACUGGAGAAGGACAAGGCCCUGCUCGACCAGAAGCUCGCCGAGGCUCUCGCCGAGAAGGCCCGUCUCGAGGCUGAGGCCGAGGCCAACCGUAUCCGUAACGCCGCCGAGGCUCAGGCUCUUGGUCUGCUGCGCAAGCACCUCGACCAGCACGUGCAGGACCUGCUCAAGUGGCAGAAGCUCACACUCGAGUCGUCAUCACAGUCCAGCUUGGACGACCACAUCGUCAACGAGGUUGCCGGUCUGCCCUUUGGCGACCAGGUCAAGCAUCUGGCCACCAAGCUCGAGGACGAGAACAAGGCCAUCCAGAAGUUGUUGAUCUCCAAGGAGGACGAUCUAAAGGUUGCCGCCAGCAAGCAAAAGAAGGGCAAGUAA